CGGAACUGCGCAGCGGCCGCGCGCGUUCCAAUUUCAAACUUCGGAUCAAAUUCGAAACCGUGUUCUAUUUACAAACUUUUUAAUUCCUAAACGUUUCGUGUAUCUCUUGUUUAAGUGAGGAAUGUAUUUUAAAUUUGGAAUGCACAUGAUGUAAAGACAAGAUGGCGGCAUCCGGUGCGGUGUACGAGGACGGAGGAGUCAAGUUGCAUCCGUACCUCAUCGCUUUGGCAAGAUGGUGUGUCUCCUGCUUAUGGAGCACUGCCUCCGCCAUGCUGUACCGGCUGCUGACCAACCCUCUCCCACAGAUCACAGCGCCAAAGUCCUCAAAGCCGCGGCCGGCGGGCAAAGAGCACCUACACCCAGAGCCUAAAGUAGAGUGCGUGGUUCUUCACCAGCCAGAGACACCCAAAGUCGAUGUCAUCUUCGUGCAUGGACUCUAUGGUUCCCUGGGCAACACUUGGAGACAAGGGGAAUGGAGAUCCAAAUACAAAAUAGAACCCAACAAAAUAUCCCUCCGACGACCCAGUUCCAUACCUGCCUGUGAUUGUAACAAAGAAAAACACACAUUCAAUGAAGAUGCAAACAACAUUGAAAGUAUUAAAAACAGUAUCAAACUAGAAAACGAAAACAUACUCAAUUUCAACGACAAAGAAAUAACUUUUACUAACAUAAAUGAAUAUUAUAAGAAAAGAAUAAGUAAUGACGACAUGUUUACUGAGAAGUUUUAUAAAGAUGGUGACCAGUGUGAAGUUGUUGAUAAUUAUGAUACACAAGCGAAGUUCGUUAGAGAUUUGUUCAAUAUGGAGAAUUUGAAAGUGGAGAAGAAGGAGAAUGAUAAUUGUAGGUGUCGGGCGGAGGAGAAACGGUGUGAAGUCGGCUGUGGCUGUAUUUGUGACGAGUGCUAUUCCGCAUGCUGGCCCCGCGACUGGAUUAAGGAGGACUACCCCCAUGCUAGGGUCAUUUCCAUUAACUAUACUAGUGACCCUCACUUGUGGAGACCUUUGUGGAUCAAGCAGUGUAAACGAUUGCAUCUUCACGAGCGAGCAGAACAAAUGAUCAGCCAGCUGCUAACGUUGGGUGUGGGACGUCGUCCCAUCGUGUGGGUGGGACACUCCAAGGGGGGGCUCUUCAUCAAGCAGAUAUACUGCGAAGCCUACGAAGCCUACAUCAAACUUAAUGGGAAUCAAAAUGAAGAAACAAACAAUAUAAAUGAACAAAACUGCGACGAAUAUGACAAAGACAACGAAAUGAAUCACAAAACUGACAGUAAUAUAGACAAUAACAACAUAAAUAUUGAAGAAAAUAAGGAUAUUGAUAAUAUAAGUGUAAAAAGACAUUUAGAUUUAAAUGAAACAGACUUUUAUGAACAAGUUUAUGAAGAAAGCAUAGAAUCUAAUAGAAUUAGGGAAAAUGAUAAUUCCAGCAGUAUAAAUGAUAAUUGUAAGAAUAAUAUAGAGUUAAGAUAUGAUGAUAUUUACGAUAGCUCGGCUAGUGAAAGUUCUUGUGAUUUACGAGAAACUAAGGAUGGGAAUGGUUCAGGGUCUUCAAACGUAGAAGAAGACCUGUCCCAGCGCGCUCAACUCUGGUCCCUAAGCUCCGGGUUCAUGUUCUAUUCGGUCCCGCACCGCGGGUCCCCACUCGCUGACAUCAAGACACCGCUGACUGCGCGCUCCAUCGAACUACUGGAGAUGGGACAAGACUGUUCGCUAGUGCGGGGGCUCCACGCGCGCUGGCUGAGCGCGGCCGCGCGCUCGCCGCCGCUGGUGCGGAGUCUCGUGGAGACCACCAGGACGCUCAUGGCUGUGCUUUGGCUUAGGAUAGUCAGCACCGACUCUGCUGAUGCUGGUAUAGGCGCACUAUGUGGUGUUUCGGUGGACCACCGUGAAAUCUGCAAGCCUUCUAGCCGACACUGCAUUCUUUAUACAGAACUAAAAGCGCUUAUACACGCCGCUUUAGAAAAGUGCGGGAAGUAGCGCCAUCUAGUAGUGAAUAGCUGAACAACAAUUGAUAUUUUGUGGUAUAGUUAUAAACUUAAAUAUUGCUCCGAUGGUGGUAUAUUCAUGCGAGACGUUCUCAGAUAUGUCGAUAAUAUAAUAUUUGAGGCUGCAUUAUCUACACGGAAUUCAAAACGCUUGUAAUUGCUGCUUAAAGUGCGGGAAGUAGCGUCAUCUUGUGGUGAGUAGCAGUACUAGAAGUUUGGAGAUAUACAAAUCGUCACUACUUUUAAAAAAUCUCGUAUCUCACGCUGUUCCUCAAAGUUAAAACGCAGUAAGUCUAUAUGCAUUCCAUACAUACUUACUACAAUUUUCUUUUCAUUGACAGACGAAGAUACAAGUUUUUUUAAAUGUAGUGACGAAAUCUGCAUUUGAUGUGCACACUUCAAAGCGCUUUUGAAUAACGCGAAGUAAUGCCACCUAGCGGUAAAUAGCUAAACUACAACUGAUAAUGCUUAGAAAAUAAGUAAAAUUAAGUGAAGUUAAAAAAUUGAAUGCCAUAAAAAGUGCCACAAUGUGGCUGUGUGUUUGUGAUACUGAUAAAAAUUUAGUUAUGAUUAAUUAAAAAAAAAUCAGAACAUGUACUGACUUAUAAGAUCCUACCAUUUGAGCAGUCAUUUUUAACCAUAGAGGAAAAUAAGGGAAGAGUUAUAACUCCAUACAUCAGUAAAUGUGAGUUAUUUGUAGUGACAUCUACCGUCGAUCACGCGUCAAAUUAAUAACGUAAAUUAUCAGUACCAGUACUCGACACUAGAUCUCGAGUCUUAACAGUCUGCCAAAAAAAUAAUAUUAAAACAGUUUACAACUUAUAUUACAAGCAGAAGGCAUUGAAAACAGAAUACUGAUUAAUACUAUUGUAAUAUGAGCAAAAAAUUGAUGAGCUUUUCGUUCGUCG